AUUAAACAUCGAGUCAAUAUUAUUCGUAAAGUUUCAUCUCAGGAUAAUAAAGGGAUAAUUGCAUUUCACGUUAGUAUUAGAAGAUUAAAAAAAAAUAUUCUAUUACAAUAUCCUUUUGGUAAUAGAAAUAGUAAAACGUAUCGUGGGAUAAAUCAUUAAGACCAUUGAUAUGUUACAGAUGGCGAAUACCUUUUCGUGGACCCCGAUAAUAAAUUGAGCAAGUACGCGCCGAAGAAUUGGCGAAAUUCGCACACUUACUAGCGACUGUACUCUCGGAAGCAUCCCGCGCGCGCUGAUGCCAAGAGAGGGAACGGGUGUCGGAGAGGGCGGCUCCAAAGAAGGGCGAGAGAGUAGCUCGGUCGGGCGCCGAAGGGAAGAAGGGGGCCUUGGACAGCCUCACGAACGGGAGCGGAGGACACGGAGACGGAAAAGGACUGGAGUAGUAGAAGGGAAAGAAAGAGGGCUUGAGGGGUUAGGUAGAAAGGGAAAAAUAUGCACGAUGAUGCUGGAUUAAUAUUUAUAGUUGCUAAAAUAUGCGGGCUCUCGGCUAUAAUUUCCUACGAUUCGUAGCCCUUCGUCCUCGUCUCUAGGCCCUUUCCAAAGGGGAAAAAGAAAAAAAAAAAAGAAAGAGAAAAGAAAAAAAGAAAAAUACAACAGUAGUCCCCUUUCUAUGUUCAAUUUUCGACUACCGAUUAUAUUCGCUACCGUGUCUGGCUUCCGACUUCUUUCUUUAUUCGGUCCCCGACUCGUGCUAUAUAGCUUUUGACAACACUUUGACUUGAAAGACUUUCGAAAAGUUCCUUUUCUUCGAGCUGAUCGCUUCAGUUUCUUGGAUUUGGGUUUCAGGGUUUGGACAGCAGCGGAAGACCCGCUUUUAUACUUUACUUUCGUGUUCGUUACUACGUCGAUACGCCAUUGCUGUUAAGGUAAGACAACGACGAUGUAUGUUUUCAUCGAAGAAAAGAAUUUAAGUAAUAUAAAGUCUCUUGUAAACGAUAAGAAUAGACUUAAUGUCGAAGCAAUUAGAUAUCCUUUGGUUUAUCAAUAACUUGAUAUUGUUUCAGCGAUGAAACUACGCGACAUCACUACUACCUGCAGCUACGGGACAACGUCGUUAGACAUGGCGGCGGAGUGGAGAGUCUUCAUCCUCACCAUCCCCUUCACGAACCUUCGAUCGUUACGCCAUUGCUCACGCUCGCUGGGCUCGCCCUCCAGGCCGACCUUGGCGAUUACUCUGAAGAACGACACAGACCGCACGCUGGAUCCGUCGGCUAUUGCAAGCCCACGGAUUAUCUUCCUCCUCACAUGUGCCUCGAGUCGAGCGUGCUCGCCGUCCUCGCAGCUCAACACAGAGAUAAUCGUGGCCUCUCGAGGGAGGAGGCAGAACUCCAAUACAUCCGGGAGGCGUUGUUGUUGGAGGCGCCGCUCAACGCUCACCUAUAUCGGUUGCGAAGAAGCAAAAACGAGGCUGGUCCAGGAAGGAUACUCCUCGCGAUUUGCGCUCGCGGUGUGCGAGUCUACGCCGAGGAGGAGACACCACGUAUCUUUGCCUGGAACAAUAUCGGCAAGCUGUGCUUCGACCGAAAGAAGUUCGAAAUACGUGCGGUCGAUCAACCGGACAAACUCACUCUCUACAGUGGUUGCGAUGACAAGAGCAAGUUACUCUUGGGAUUGUGCCGAGACACUCAUCAGUUUUCCAUGGCUAUAGCACCCAGAGUAAAUGAAGCGAAAAGAAGAGAAGAGGAAGGUAUGCCUCGUCAUAUUUGUAUGAUGUUUGACGAUGAUUUCGAUGUUGUUGGAUCGUUUAUCACGAAUAAUUCAUUGGAUAUUUCAGAGAGAAAAGUGUUGAGAGAUUGUUACAUGUAUCCUGCCCGUUGCAAAUUGAGUUUAACGACGCGUGGAGCACGUGGCGAUCAACGAAUAUCCGUUAUCUCGAGCACUUCGUCAAAUACAACCUCUGGUAUAGUCAGCGAUCGAGUUCACAGCGAAGAUGAGCCAGAUACAGCGCCAGCUUCGACUGAAUGCUUGCCUCGCCUCACCGAAAAUAGUUCUCAUCCGAGUAUUCAAACUGGAAUACCCAAUGGUAGCGAAACGAACGCAGGUGAUCGUUCAGUACCAUCUCCGCCAAUGUCUAUCGUUGAUGAAGUCGAUGGUGCCGAAACUACGCCUUCAUCAGCAUUACGACUUGUUUCGAGUACAAACACUGUGGCUGAUGGUUCUCAGUGCAGCAGUAGUUGUAGUACAGUGGUCGUUGCAAAUGCACCUAAUAAUGGAGUUCAAAGAAUGCGUCGAGCUUCGGCUACAUCGAGUUUGGAGCUCGGUUAUUCUCAUACGGCUCAGAAUUCGGCUGUUUCUUCUGAAACUGCUAGUUUCCCGGGUGCUAUCUACGAUAGGUGUAGAAAGACUGGUAAAUAUACAGGUACAGACAUCGCCAGUGAAACGAGCGGCGUAUACACUUUAAGAAGUAGCGAGAUGCAGGAUGAAAGAAUCGGCGAUCUUUAUUCGCCAACCAGUGGUACUAAUGAAUCCUCUGCGGCUAGCGACGUUUGUGCAUUGAGUUCCGUUCAAUCUACCACCGACGAGGCUUCCGUGACUUCAGGAUUUUACACGAUUCAUAGCGGUUUAAGAUCUGAAACGAGCGAUAUUUAUACGGACGAUAUCGGAACGGAAGAUCAAGAACCCAUUUACAGUCUUUGCAAAGGCGAUGAAGAGGUUGACAAUGUAGUGUCGCUCGAUGGGAAACUCGAAGAAUCGAGAUCACGAAGCAACAGUAUAAUAAGCACGGGAAGCUUUAGAGGAGACGGUAGUGAUCCUUCGAACGUUGGACCAUUGUUAUCUGCCGAUGAACUUUCCGAUUUAAUAGUGGGACGUUAUCCACCUCGCAAAACCAUCAGUAACUCGAUGGAUUCCGAUUGUGACUAUGUCACUAUGCCACCUCCACCUCCUCCACCUAGAACUGACAGUGACAGACAGCUUCCACCUCCUCCUCCUUAUCCAAUAACGAUGGAUUAUUCGUCUAUACACUCGGCAAGAUCCAAAAUACCGAACGUCGAACGAGAACCACCACCCCCACCACCUUACAACGCCAGUCGAGCUGAUUUCACGGGUUUAACUUUAAGAAUGCCUAUGAUACCACCUCCUACACCACCCAGAAACGAUGCAGUGACGCCAAGAGAACCACCGCCACCUCCGCCACCUUAUCCCGAGAUGUCUGACAAUAGCAGGCAAGAAACGAUCUCUGCUCUCUAUCCUACAGCGAUCGAUGAGGACAUCGUUUCUCGAAUUGCUUCGUCGAAAAUAAAUGCAGUUAUCACUGGGAGCCAUCCAAAUCUUUCGUGUAACGCAGGUAUUACCGAGGUACCACUGAUCAUUCCAAAGGCUCCACCUAGAAUACAACCACCUACAUAUCCGGGCGAUAAGAUGAAACCUACUCCAGUGCACGCACCUGUCGCUGCACUCGUGGUCGGCCCUAACAAUUAUUUGGACGUUCAUGCUUCCCGCACUGGUCCGGUAUUAUUACCCUACUUAGGUUCCCCACCACCGCCCCCGCCACCACCACCUCCGCCACCAUCUCCUCCACCACCAAUGCUACAUCCUAGACAACCACCGCCACCACCACCUAGUUUAGCCACCGUUUACACUAGCCAAGUGGCUAGAUCACAAAUAGAACAGUACAAACAACAACUCUACUCGGACGUCGAUUACGUGAUGUUCCCAUUGAAGGAUCCAGCUGUUUCGAAACAGGAAUACAUCGAUGCAAAACAGGGAUCCUUAUUAGCCGCUAUGGCUGCUUAUCCACCUCCGCCUUAUCCGUCGUUCAACAACAAAUCGGCAAUCAUGUAUCGUAGUACUCCCUACCUCCCUGGCUCCUCAUUCUCAUCACCAACGAAGUAUGCUUCCAAUCAAAAUCUUAGCACCAGCGACAAUAGUUCGAAUAGUUACUUACUACACAAUAGCUUGAGCAGCCCUUACGCUGCCAGUACAAGCUCCUUAUACAGCGGUGUCACAUGUUCCUCGAAUGGCAGUCAGAGUCUCAGAAGAGAAUUACCAACGCUCGCUCAUCCUCACACUUUGCACGCGUUCUCUAGAACAAAGAGUGACGAUAAUAUUUUGAAAUGCUUCGAUUCUCCAUCGGGAACAAAGAUGAAAUCUUUACCACAUGCCAAGCAACAUCGUAGAUUGCCACCGCCACCUCCUCCACCACCGUACGAAAUACAAACUCUUGACAAAAAUCAACCGUUACCAUCGUGCCCAGAGAACGUCGCAUUAAAAAAAUUAAUCAAGCCAUCGACCGAAGAAGAACCCGAAGGUGGAAAAGAAGAUGGGAUGUUGGAUAUACGAACUUUGCGUGAAAAGAGUCGAAACUUGGAUCUCCCAUUGAUAUCUGCUCUAUGUAACGAUCGCUAUUUGUUAAAGCAAACUAAAGCAUUUGUGAUGCCAAAACAUCCUAGCGAAUCGAACUCGUUUGCUCUUGCUAAAAGCACUUCCAGAAACGGCAAUGGAAUGGGAUCUUCCAAUAGGAAUAAAUAUCCUGUAAGUGGAUUGUCAACGACACAGAUAACGAAGCCACCGAGAAAGUCGUCGACGAGUACUCACAAACAUCCAGCUGAACCGAAGGGAAACGCUUAUAAGGUGAACACAACGUUAUCUGGGAAGAAAGAUUCCUCAAAAACGUCUCACUCGUAAUAUAUAACGCAUAUCAAUGGAUUAUCUUAUCUGUGGCGUCUAGAGUAUAUCUUGAUAACAAAUGAAUGAUCAUGUACCUUUGUCGUGUGUUGCCUCUGUGUUAUUGUUAAGUUUUUACGUGAACUAUAGAACAUCCUGAAUCACGAAAGGCCAAUAUUAAAAUACUUCUAAUGCUCAGGGUGCCAACCUCGAUGUGUACUUUGUUGACGUUUCACUCGGUAAUCCUAAAAGCGAAGAGAUAUUUUCUAUCUACGCAUAUUACCUAAUCUUUAGAAUUUACAUACAAGCAGUACAAGGCCUCGUCAUUAUUGUACAUUACUCGUUACGAUCUUAUCUCUCUCUUUUUCUUUCUCUUUCUCUCUCUCUCUCUCUCUCUUUCACUCACACAAACACACUCUCACUCGAAUUCGAUGACUUCGAAUGGGUGCUAAUACGGUACCAAUGUCCUAUACUUUUUUCUUUUUUUUUUUUUUUUUUUUUUUUCUUUACGUUGGGAGGUUAUGAAGGACUGAUAUUAAGCACGUGAACUUCGUCAAACGUACGUCCUUCUAUGCAUUUUGACAAUAAUAAAUUGUACUUUUGCUUAUGAUACGUUUAUCCGAUACUCGAUAAAAUGCUUUUUUGCUUUAGAACAAUUUAAAACCUACGUACGAUAUUCGUCAAACAAAUUUGCACGAAUCUCUAAAGUGAUCUUGCUCAAAGUGCGAACAUAUUAAAUAUUUAUUUCGUAGAAAGAACGUUGUGUUAUUAGAUAUUUUCAAUAAAUAAUAUUUUUGCUUUCGUAAAAAAUUAGGUACUCGUAUAAAACUUACGAUUAGACGAUUACAUGAUGUUUUAAUGGAUUUCUUUGGACUCUGUCGGUUCUAUUAAAGAUCGAUAAUAUAAAACAUUGUGCAGUUUUAUCUUCGCUGUAUUUUUAUUAGCGUAUAAUAAAUAUUUUCGUCGGAAAAAUUUCCAUUUAUAAUCGUUGCAAAGAUUUUGACGAUAAUCUAAAAUUACUUUUAUAAAGAAUCUCAAAUAUAACCUAAUAGUGGUAUACUUUAAUUGCAACGAUAUUUCGUUUAGACAAAUUAUUUCAACGAGUCCAAGGCAAAACUUCAUUUUUGCGGUACCUUUUUUUCAUAUCUUUAAGUAUUAUAUUUAUUCUCACAAUUUUAUUUUGCUAUGUCAAUCGAUACUCGCUUUAUAUUUCUCUCUCCCUCCCACUCUCUCUCUCUCUCUCUCUCUCUCUCUCUCUCUCUCUCUGUCUCUCUCUCUCUCUCUCUCUAUCUUGUUAAAAUAUUUGUAAAAGACGAUACGUCUUGCGCAAUAACGAUUGCGUUAUCGUUAAUGAAUUUUGAACAUUCCUAAAUGUUAAUUAGAACACCUAGGAAAACAACCGAAAUUGUGAAGAUACAGAAAAUUAAUUUUGGUAAAUAAAAUGUAUAAUUAUAAGUUUUGAAUAUAAGAGGAGAAAUAGAUUUCUUUUUGCAAAA